CGAAGAAGGGGGAGAAUAGGGAAGGAGACGGAGGGGAAGUUUUUAGAAAGGACUUUGAGGGAGCGCACGUUGCCUCCAGUUGUAGGCUCAUGCCAAGAUUCAUUGCCGUCAUCGAAGGAGAUGCAAUCCCGAUUUUGUCUGACGCUCGAGGCGUGGACUGAACCUCAGUUCUGCUUGUCAUAGAGGUAUUAUUUUUAAAAAAAAACAAAACAAAACAAAAGACACACUGCUUGUGGUCUUAAGGAGGAGGGGAAACGUAGAUUAGAGAGGAGGAGAAGCGAAGAGAAAGAGGGAGGAUAGAUAAAAAAAAAUCCGUCAAGUGGAGCGCCCAGGUCCCACCAAGAGCAACGGAGCCCCACCAGUUCCACUGUGGGGUGUGAGAGCGAGAUCGAGAGAGAGCGACAGAGGAAGCUGGAACUAACUAGCGUCGGGAGUGUCCCGCCGCUUCGUGGGUUUGUCCGCGGCACGGCUUCAAGGGGGAAGGUGUGUCUGUCAUUAGGCCGUCACGAGACUUGUCCUCGUCGUGAAAAGAUGCUCUGUGCGGCGACGGAGCCGUGAGCACGCACUAUUCCAUUCGCGGGUGGUGGUAGAGGGCAGAGCGCGUCAACGGCAGCGUCAGCGGUAGGCCUGGGCAGUGUGGAAGACUCGUGCCCAGCCUUGGCUGUUGUGCUCCGACCGGCAAUUGCGCACUUCGACCUCGAGCACCAAUUGAUCGUUGCGGACAUUGUCGUUGUAAUUUGGUGCUGGGCGGGCUCCUCCCAGGGACUGGAGGGGAUACGCCAGUAAAGUUGAUGAAGUUGGCACGUUGGAGGUUUGAUAAAGUGGAACAGAGUGGAGCAGAGCGCAGAGUUACAGUAGAUGCUGUUGUUGGUGUGCAUCUCUUGCAUGGCUCAUGUUAAGCUUGUCGAGGUGUAGUAGCAGCAAGCCUAAGGACUGGAUCAUUCGGUCGAGGUUGCCAGCACGCAGAUUCGUCGUGGAACUGCGGAAGUUAACAGAGACUGACAGGAGCAGACCUGUAAGGCUUCUUCGGGCUUACCCGCAUGGUGACCUGCGUGUGGCUCUCGCAAUGCCGAGAUCCGGUUUCCAAGAAGGGGGUGCUAGCAAAGCAGAUAAGUUGCUGGGGUACUCCUCCUCUGGGUAUUCCUCCACACACGACGUAGAUGAUGUGAGCGAAUUAAAUGAAGAAGAUGUUUGGGAUUUAGGAGCUGACGGGUCACCCGAUAAUAUCCCUACGCAUGACGGUAUCUCUAGUAGUAGAGCAGAUAGCUCUGACACGUAUCGAUUUUUGAACACGGGAAGGAGGUGGAUGGGGGUUGAGCACGAACCAGGUUUGUCUGCAGCUUUCGCUGACCACAGUAGCAGAGGAUAUGGUCGUUCCCCACACAAGUUGGUGGGGAGUUAUGUCAACUACACCGCCCAAAGUUCCAGUCGUGAAGCCAGAGGGAUUGCAACUCCAUUGAGAAUGAUCACUCCUAUCCCACAAAUUCGGGAGAGUAGUCCAAGGCAAAUGAUGCAUCAAUCGGCGCCAGUGAAUGUCCCCGACUGGUCGAAAAUUCUGGGAGCCGAGAAAAAGCACAGGUGGGCUGAUGAUGACGUGGAUAGUGACAAGGAAGACGAGCAGGAAGAGAGGCUUCCUCCUCACUUACACAUCCAACGAGAAUACGCUCAAAGCCAGCAGACAACCUUCUCUGUCUGUGAAGGUGCAGGGCGGACUUUGAAAGGAAGGGACUUGAGUAGAGUGCGUAAUGCAGUGCUCAGACAAACUGGCUUCCUUGAUUGAGAAUGAUCCUGGGCUCUUGAUUUCCAAGGACCAUGAAGGCAGAGUCUGCUGGCUCUCUUGCAGAUGGAGGUAACAACUCGUAGUCAAUUUUCAGUAGCCAAGUCAAGUGAGUUGCCGUAACCAGCUCAAUGUUGGAGGAAAGUGUUUCUGCCCUUUUUUGUGUAUUCACAUAUAUUGCACCUCUGGACCAAGGUUUUGGAAAAGCUUCGCCCAUUCACCAGGUUGGAUAGGGUGACCUCCCAGUUUUUAUCAGGAGCUGAUAUUUACAUCGACAUCCUAGAUGUGCUAGAUUUACGUGACACAUCCAUUGGCACUGACAGACUGAAUCUGCAUUAGUGGUGCUAUCAACACGGAGCAUUUUCCUCAUCACCAUCUUAUGUUACUUGGAGGCUCGGAGUUUUGCCUGGGUGAGUCACAGGUCCUCAACAGUAGGAAACCUAUUAGUAUUUUCCUGCGCCCAGUGGUUCAGAUUUUUGAGACUUUGUCCUUCAGACUCUCGAAAUGGAGAGACUGAAACUCAGAUCAGAUCAAAUUUUGGCUUUGGCUUGUGAAGGAAAUUCAGAUCAAGUAGUACACGUACAGGUAGCAGGGAUUUCAUGAGGAAUGGACUAAUGCAGAUGUUUGCAUUAUACACUUUUGAAAUGUAUUUGGGAAUCUUGUUGUAUUGAGGAUGAUGCAUUGUUGUCCUACAUUCUUGAUUUGUGGAAGAAAAUGGUCCACUGGAAGCAGAGGAAACUGUUCUGUUAGAGUUUUUCACUGCGAGCGGUGGAAGGUUUUUACUA